CGGAGAUCCACGGAGAUCGAAUGUUAAUGUUAUUUUUUGAUUUAAGUAAAAUCAGAAGACCUCACUCACUAAAAUGGAUAAAAAACGGAAGAGUUCGCAGCACACGGAAACUAUGAAGGAGUUUGACAUCCGUAUCGAGCGUCCGAAGCCAAGUCCCGUGGAGGAACUGAUCUCGUUGCUCCGCAGAAUUCUCCAGUACUGUUUGUGUAUCGUCACGUGCGGCUGUGUCCAGGUUCCACCAAACGGGAACAGUUUGAAUGGCGAAGAGUAUGGAACCAUGCUGUUAGACAGUGAAAAAAUAGCAGUGGAAAAUCUACUCAGUUAUCUAGAAACAGAUGCGGGCCAGGUUCCGGUGAUAUCGGAUGAACACCUUCACGCACUCCAGAUUCUCACAUACUCCGACAACGAAGAGCUGCAGAGAUCGGCUGCGCUCUGUUUUGUCGAAAUUAGCGAAAGAAUGCAAGCUCCACUAACAGAAAGCAUGGCCCAGCCUCUUGUUGAACUGUUGAAGUCAAGCGAUGUUCUUGUUCAGAAAACGGCAUCUCUGGCCGUCAGCAACUUCGCUUUAAAUGGUCCAGAGGUGAACAAAGACGUCUUGGUUUCUUGUGAUGUGUUAUCUCCCCUGGUGAAUCUUUUGAACUCUAAGAACACGGAAGUACAGUGCAACACCUGUGGAUCCAUCACAACACUAGCUACAGCAGAGAGUCUGAAACAGAAGAUAAUCUGCGAGAACGGAAUUAAGCCACUACUUACUCUGCUGUCAUCUCCUGAUCUCCGAGUACAACGAAACGCAGCCGGAGCGAUACUUAACCUCACGCACUCCCAAUCGAACCGGAAUGAGCUGGUAUCCAGAGGGGCCCUUCCAGCCCUGGUGGAGCAGGUUUUUUCUCCAGAUGAAGAGAUUCAGUAUUACUGCACCGCCGCCCUUAGCAACAUAGCCGUCCACGAGAAACACCGUGCCAUGAUGGUUGCCAUUGGCGACCACGAUAUCCUCAAGCAGAUGAUUAAUUUUUUACAGUCUAAGAGAGAAAAGAUAAGAUGUCAAGCGUGUUUUGCACUCAGAAAUUUAGCAUCCGAUGGUGACAAUCAGCUGUUCAUAGUAAAAUAUGGAGCUCUGCCUCUGCUUAAUCAGAUCAUCCGGACAGCCAAGUCGGAGACUCUCGGGGCAUCAGUCGGCUGUUUGAGGAAUCUCUCCAUUUUGAAAGCAAAUGAGCAAGAGAUUGUGCGUGAAGACUUUCUGCCAGACCUAUGUCGGAUACUUACAACAAGUCACAACUCGGAGGCACAGAAACACGCAGCCGGCACGAUCCGCAACCUGUCAGUUGGAGAAGAAAUUCAGGCUGUACUAGAGAGCAGCUGCCUGGAUGCACUGAUGACAGCGUUGUUGGAGGUGGAGUCACGGAUGUCGGUGCAUGCCGAUAUCACUGCAGCCUUGGCAGUUCUCGCUGAUGAAGACUCUGUGAAAGACAAACUGUUGACGGCCCACCGAGGUAAAGUCUUCUUCCGUCUCGUCUCGCUGGCCUCUCUGUGUAACAACCUGGAGGUGCAGUACAACAGUGCAGGCAUCAUCGGACAACUCGCUCUCAAAGGAAUCCCAGACCAUUUGCAGGAACCGAAUCGUCUGGGCAUCGUGCUGUAUAUCGACAAGUUCCUCAAGUCGAAGAACCCAAACUUCAUCCACAUCGCUCUGUGGACACUGAUACAUCUCCUGAAAGAAGAGUUAUUCAUCACUUCGUUCAAGGAACACCACAUCGGCCACAUAAUAAACCAUCUGCUGAUGUCAGGACAACCCCCGGCCAUCAUCGAACUGGCAGAAAACGUACAGAAGAUUCUCAAAACGUCAGCCGGCAAAGACUGCGAGGAACUCAGCUCGGGCAAAGACUAGAGGUCAAGGUCAAGGUCACUCUGAAAGCAGGUCAAGGUCACUCUGAAGGCUUUUAUUCAUUUAAAAAAACUUAACCAAUCACAACUGGUUUGGAAACUGAACCUUGUUGUACAAGAUGGUCGAAAGAUUGGGUUAUGUGUAAAACAUCGAGACAGAAUUACCUUAGCUAGCCGAAGCAGGGAACAUUUUAAUGUUUUAAUUUUUUUUUGAUUAGUGACAAUGCUAAUCGAUUUGAAACUUGGGGCCUAAUUCACUAAACUCUCGCAACUUUGCGAUCUCGCAGUGCCAUGCUAAAACACUUACAAAGAGGAUGCUUUGUUAUCUAGCAGAGCCUAAGAGACCUUUGUGAAUUAGGCCCCUGGGUAGCAACCAGUUUUAACAUUUUAGAAUGGUGUAAUAAUCUCUAAAGGUUGCAGAGCGAAUCGUGAUGCGAUACCGAAUAAAACGUUUGCUGAUAAGCAACCACAAUCUACACUGGGCCAGAGAACAAACCAAAAAUAGUUGCCUGAUAAGCAACCACAAUCUACACUGGGCCAGAGAACAAACCAAAUAUAGUUGCCUAAAGCAACAGGCAUCAAUUCUGAUCUGAACACAGAACAACCAGACUGAACAAACGAUCCUGCCAAAGUACAGUUAGCUUUACAUAGACAUUAUAUAGCACAUUCCCAAAGCGAUUUCAGUGGUCCAUAGCAACCUGUUAUAUAACAUUCCCGAAACAGCUUCACUUGUCCAUACUAACCAUACUACAGUCAGCUUUACUUAGACAUUAUAUAGAACAUUCCCAAAGCGAUUUCAGUGGUCCAUAGCAACCUGUUAUAAAACAUUCCCGAAACAGCUUGACUUGUCCAUGCUAACCAGUAUGUAGAACAUUCACAAAACAAAUUCAGUUGCCUAUAGUAACCAGCAUAUAGAACAUUCCAAAAGCAACUUCAUUGGUCCAUAGCAACCUGCUAUAGAACAUUUACAAAACAUUUCAGUUGCCCAUAGUAACCAGCAUAUAGAACAUUCCCAAAGCAACUUCAGUGGUCCAUACCAACCUGUAACAAAACAUUUACAAAACAAUUUCAGUGGGAGACUGUACCAUCAGGAUGCGAACCCUGCACCUACCAGCCUUAUGUCUCAAUCUAAUUAAAACUUGCAGAAUCCUGCCAGUGAUUUAAAAAUAAUUUGAAAACAUUCCG